AUGGAUGGCACUAAGAAACAGCAAGUAGAUGGUGAAGUUAAUAACUGUGAGAACACGUCGAAAGAGAAAAAGAAAUCACGAGAAAAACUAUACCGACCCGACUCCUCCUUUAUAGUAGAGGCUGGGAAAACUCCGACAAAUACUAGUCUUCCCUCGUUGAUGAGCUGGAGAACGACGAUGAGUUUGGCAUUUCAGAGUCUAGGAGUGGUGUAUGGAGAUAUUGGGACAUCACCGUUAUAUGUGUACGCAAGUACUUUCGCUCAAGGCAUCAAUGACAAAGAGGAUGUCAUUGGCGUUCUCUCGCUCAUUAUCUACACUAUUACUCUCGUCGCACUCCUCAAAUACGUUUUCAUCGUUCUCCAGGCUAACGACAACGGUGAAGGAGGAACAUUUGCAUUAUACUCACUCAUAUGUCGGUAUGCAAAAAUGGGACUAAUUCCAAACCAAGAACCAGAAGAUAGAGAGCUCUCAAACUAUACACUUGAACAUCCAACCAAACAGCUCACAAGAGCCCAUAUGAUCAAAGAGAAGCUAGAGAACUCUAAAUUCUCUAAGAUCCUACUCUUCCUCGUCACUAUUAUGGGCACUUCCAUGGUCAUUGGUGAUGGAAUCCUUACUCCUUCUAUCUCAGUACUUUCGGCAGUGAGUGGAAUCAAACCGCUCGGGCAAGACACGGUGGUUGGUGUUUCGGUUGCAAUCUUGAUUAUUCUGUUUGCAUUCCAACGGUUUGGAACCGACAAAGUCGGAUUCUCAUUCGCUCCGAUCAUCCUUGUAUGGUUCACAUUUCUUACCGGAAUCGGCCUCUUCAAUCUGUUCAAACAUGACAUUACCGUCUUAAAGGCACUUAAUCCACUCUAUAUUAUUUACUACUUUAGAAGAACUGGUAGAAAGGGAUGGAUUUCUCUAGGAGGUGUUUUCCUCUGCAUCACUGGGACGGAAGCCAUGUUUGCUGAUCUAGGUCACUUCAGUGUCCGAGCCAUACAGAUUAGUUUCUCAUGUGUGGCAUAUCCGGCUCUAGUAACAAUAUAUUGCGGGCAGGCUGCAUACCUUACCAAACAUACUUCAAACGUUUCAAAUACUUUCUACGACUCAAUCCCAGAUAACAUUGGAUGCAACUUAACAGAUCCGCUAUACUGGCCAACAUUUGUGGUCGCGGUCGCAGCAUCAAUCAUCGCGAGCCAAGCUAUGAUAUCAGGAGCCUUCUCAGUCAUCUCGCAGUCUCUACGUAUGGGUUGUUUCCCUCGAGUGAAGGUGGUUCACACCUCGGCUAAGUACGAGGGACAAGUCUACAUCCCCGAGAUCAACUACUUCCUCAUGCUUGCUUGCAUUGCUGUUACCCUCGCCUUCAGAACCACUGAGAAGAUUGGUCACGCUUAUGGGAUCGCUGUCGUAACCGUCAUGGUCAUCACAACCAUAAUGGUGACUCUCAUAAUGCUGGUUAUCUGGAAAACCAACAUAGUGUGGAUCGCUACGUUCUUGGUCUUGUUUGGUUCUAUAGAGACGUUAUACCUCUCGUCAGUCAUGUACAAGUUCACGAGCGGUGGGUAUUUACCACUUGCGAUAACGGUAGUUUUGAUGGCAAUGAUGGCGAUUUGGCAAUACGUUCACAUCCUCAAGUACCGGUACGAGAUGAGGGAGAAAAUUUCUCGUGAAAAUGCUAUACAAAUGGCUACAAGUCCUGACGUAAACCGGGUUCCAGGGAUUGGUCUAUUCUACACGGAGCUUGUUAACGGUAUAACUCCAUUGUUCUCUCAUUAUAUCUCGAAUCUUUCGUCCGUCCACUCGGUUUUUGUCUUGAUAUCGAUUAAGACACUUCCCGUGAACCAAGUGACGUCAUCAGAGCGGUUCUUUUUCCGUUACGUGGGGCCAAAAGAUUCUGGAAUGUUUCGGUGUGUUGUGAGGUAUGGUUACAAAGAAGACAUUGAGGAGCCUGAUGAGUUCGAGCGUCAUUUUGUUCAUUGCUUAAAGGAAUUCAUUCAUGACGAGCACUUAAUGUCCGGAGACGGGGGAGACUUGGACGAGAUGGGCAAAGAAGAGGAACCAAAUGCUGAGACCACACUUGUGCCUUCCUCUAAGUCUGUCCCAGCUUCCUCGGGUCGGAUCGGUUCCGCGUAUUCAUCUUCGCCGGAAAAGAUUAGGUCGGGCAGGUUCGUGCAGGUGCAGUCUGUGGAAGAUCAAACGGAGCUGGUGGAGAAAGCAAGAGAGAAAGGAAUGGUUUAUCUAAUGGGAGAGACGGAGAUGACGGCGGCGAAAGAUUCUUCUUUGUUUAAGAAGUUUAUAGUGAACCAUGCUUACAAUUUCUUGAAGAAGAAUUGUCGGGAAGGAGACAAAGCACUUGCGAUUCCUAGGUCAAAGCUUCUCAAGGUUGGCAUGACUUAUGAGUUAUAAGGUUUAAUCAUUAUGACCUAAAUAAAGUGUCCCCAUGUCUAGGUGACCCUUGUUUUUGUUCGCUUAUUUUCUUUAAGUUUUGGUAAUGUGCAACUUAUUAGUUAUUACCCCUUUUUAUAUAUUGUCAGUUGGUGUUUAUCGUUUUUAAAAGUUACAUUAGCUCAGCCGAAACAAAGAAUUAGGAAUGUACCAG